UAUGCGCGUCCAUUACAGGGCCCGGUAAACAUAACACGCUCACUGUGCAGGAGCCGCCUCGGGAUGCACGUCAUGGUGAUAGCGCUGUUGGUCGCUGCGGCUGCGGCCUACUCCGUCGGUAGACCACCAGGACCGUCGGUGGCGCCCGAACUGUUGCAAAUGCUGAGUCAACACAGAGAGCGCAUCUCCUCGCUGCCGGCCAAUGAAUAUCUUGUGAAAUAUCUCAUGCCUAGGAUUUUACUACCCCGUUUCUUGGGUUACGAAGAAAGCCCGCGUAUGCUUGCCCACCCAUCCCACGUACCGCAACAUGACUGGCUCAAUAAGGAAAUCGAACGUAUCAACCAUAUGGAGCGAAUAGAUGAUUCCAAAUACUACGCACGAGGAUAUCCUCAUUUUGGAGGGCAUACACCAUACGCACAACGCAUUUUUCAAGACUCGGCGAGGGAACGAAACAUGCAGGGCUAUUCACCAACCAUUCCAAGAAUAACAAAAAUCAUGCCGCAACAUUUAGGCAGCUAUGAAUCCGAUUCCUUUGAAUUUCCUUUGUCAGCACAAGAUGAGAGGGGGCAUGCUGAGGAAGUCACAAGCAAUGCCGAAGAAUUAAAAAAAGAGUUUGCGCUAACACCUUUAGACGAGGGAUAUUUCGAACCCGAAGACCCACCAAGCAACACUAGCAUUCCGAUGGCUUUGGACGGGGCACACGAAGGGGGUGGAGGGGAACCAAUGUCACAAAUCGAACCGCCGCGACAGACUCGUCAGAACCCAAACCUGAGUAAAACCAAGAACCUAGUGGCUGACAAUAUAGAAAAAUUUAAAACUACAAUGGCAAAUAAGGACUUCCGUUUGCCUGUCUCCUUACUGCCUACCAACCUGCGGUGGUUAAGACUUAAUCAACCCAUUGAUGAUAAGGAGAGUGCCCAUGAGAACAACGAUGUCACUGACAGCCAAAUAAACAUGCGGGAGACGACGCCCGCAGAUCCUGCCGAGUCCAUCUACGGGGUCGCACUCAUUGCAGCAAUCGGUGCCGCCUUCACUAUGGCUAUUCUUGUUUUCGCCUUUGGAUGGUAUACGUUGUCGAAAAAGGCAAAGGCAGCGGCUGACGUGGAUUAUCCUGCAUACGGCGUGACCGGACCUACCAUUGACACUUCCGGAGACAGAAAACUGGCGCAUUCGGCUCACAUGUACCACUACCAGCACCAGAAACAACAGAUCAUUGCGAUGGAAAGGAACGGGCUCGAGCAAAGAAAUGGUUCAAUGUCGGAUCCUGACUCCGAGGAAGAAAACGAAGAAGGCGAUUAUACUGUUUACGAGUGCCCUGGAUUUGCAACGACGGGUGACAUGGAAGUGAAAAACCCACUGUUCGCCGAUGACCCCACCCCGGCUACACCCGGCAAGAAAGACGUGACCAAACCCCAACCCAAAGAAUAACUGCAAUGAAUUAAAACCCAAUGGCUUAGCACAAGUUUAGCAUACUAUUACUAUAUUAUGCGUUUAUGACUAAUUUAAUGUUUCGCGCAAAUUCCUAACCAAUAUAUAUACAUAUAUAAAAAUAUACAUAUAAAUUAUUGUGUCAAAACGCAUGCAACCACACUUUGGAUACACGAUUCGAAAAGUACCUACUUUGUUCUCAGAAAUAUAUUUAUAGAUAUAUUAAAGAUUUAUUUAAGAUUCAGAUUAGAUUUAUGAAAGAUCUUUCGAUUAAUAUUUUAAUAUCCAAAGAACAAACACACAGCUGUAUUGUGUUUGAGUAUUAUUAUAAAUUUGCAAAAUUUUAAUGUGUAAUAAAGUAAAAUAUGUAGCGUAUGUAAGGGAGAUAAUAUACUAAGUAUACAUAAAACUAUAUCAAAUUGAUCUAGCAUUGUUUUAAAACAUCACUUUUACCGUAAAAAAAACAUAUUAUAGAGAGUUCUUAUCUAUACGAAAAUAUAAUUAUUAUAUACUUAGCUAUAUUGUUAAUAUAACAUGCCAAAUAGAAUUUCCUUGUUACAAAGUGACAUUCCUUAUUCUAUCGGCCUAUAAAGAGAUUAAAGUUGUUUAAAACACAAACUUUAUAGUUCGAGAGAACAUAAUUUAAACUAGCACUAACACGUUUAUCAAAGCCACUUAUAAGUGAGAUUUUAAAAUUUGUUUUACACCUUAGUUACAUAACUACCAAUUGUAAUAAUUCUAAUUGAUAUAAAUAUAUACUUAUAUUGAAUAUUUA